UGCGUUGCACGGGUUCUGCUCCCUGGGAGGCGCCGAGGCCGGCGUUCCUCGCGGUGCGGUCGGGAGUCUUCGGCGCCACUCUUUGCCGUUUAGGCAGCGCCGGCGGGAAGAUUUACGCGCCAACAUGCAGGACCCUAAUGAAGACACGGAGUGGAAUGACAUCCUGCGUAAAAAGGGUAUUCUUCCUUCAAAAGAGAAGCUAGAAGAACAGAGGCAAGCAGAAGAGGAAAGGGAGCAGCAGAUCCUACAGCAGCAGUCAAUAGUGAAAACCUAUGAGGAUAUGACCCUAGAGGAACUAGAAGACAAUGAAGAUGAGUUCAAUGAGGAAGAUGAACAUGCUAUUGAAAUGUACAGGCAGCAAAGGAUAGCUGAAUGGAAAGCAUCUCAAUUAACGAAAAAAUUUGGGGAACUUCUAGAGAUCUCAGGACAGGAUUAUGUCCAAGAAAUUACUAAAGCUAGCAAGGAUAUAUGGGUGAUAUUGCACCUUUACAAGCAAGGCAUUCCUCUCUGUGCCUUGAUAAAUCAACAUUUAAACGGACUUGCAAAGAAGUUCCCUGAGGUCAAGUUUGUCAAAGCCAUCUCUACAACUUGCAUACCCAACUACCCUGACAGAAAUCUCCCCACAAUCUUCGUCUACCUUGAAGGGGAUAUCAAGGCCCAGUUUAUUGGACCUCUGGUGUUUGGAGGGAUGAACCUGACCAGAGAUGAAUUGGAGUGGAAGAUAUCUGAGUCAGGUGCCAUCAAGACAGACCUGGAGGAAAACCCCAGGAAGCAGAUCCAGGACCAGCUGAUGACCUCAAUUAAAUGCUCUGUUCCAACAAGGAGAGAAGAAAGUGACCCAGAAGAUGACUGAGACUUCCUGUAUGUGACAAACUGCCCAAUCCAUGCUUACUCAGGAGGAGGUCCAAUUAAUUCUGUGGGACUUGCAACUAAGAACGCACAGGGUUGCAGCCUAAAUUCAAUUUGUAGCAUUUCCCCCCCCCUUUUAAAAUAAGUAAUUUUGGUUGUGUGUAAGUCUGCAGGGGAGUGAGUCACGGAAAGUAGUAUUAUUCAAUCCAUGAUACAAUCUGAUGGAGGAAAUGGGAAGCAUUAGUUCUGGACACCCUCUCUAUGGGAGUCAGUUCCAGUAGUGAUUUGACCCUAAUAGCUUCUUGACAGGCUGGUGCUGCUUAGUGGUAUUGCAUUCUUUCCUUCUCCAUACAGUCAGACACACGUACACAGCUGCACCAUAAUAAUUUUAACAGCUGUUGUGCAUGGUCCUUUUUGUUUGUAUUUAAAAACAAGUUUAUGACCUUGACAGGUUAGCCACUUAGCUGCAGUUGGGAAGCAGGCCUUAAACUGAGACACAAUUUUCAAAUCAUGACUAAUUUUUAAAGGAAUCUACUGAGUACUGAAAAUACUUGAUUAUCCAUCUCCAGCUCUGGAACUCUAAUAUUGCUGCCAUGAUCUCUGAAUUAUAGCGAAAGCGUAUGUAUUCAGGAUUACCAAAUAUGUCUAUAAUUCUGAAAGAUUAGGAAGUUAAUUACUGUCUAAUGGAAACGUAGGAUAUCAAUCUUUUCUUGAGGCUCCACUUAAAGAUAUUUUAAAAUAGCAAUGUUUUUUCACUGUACUUUUAUUUUGAUAAAUGGAUCAAUUUAUGACAGUGUCUCCCCCACCAAGAACAGAGAGUCAAGCAAUAAAAAGCUAUUUUGAAGUCUAAGUAGCUAACUCAUGACAGCUACAACCAUAUUUUAGGUUCUCCUAAAUUGUAAUAAAAAUAUGCAAUACGGUGGAUCUUCAGCUUUGUGUGUGUGUGGGGGUUGUUGUUGUUGUUGAUAGUGGCCAUGUUUAGAGUCAGUAGCCAGUUCAAACAGGCAGAAUUUUUUUCUGGACUGGACCACUUCAAACAGCAAGUGAGAGAAUCAUUU